GAUUAAAAGACGGGUUAUAUAUAUUGAUCCCGUCCUGGCUGUCUUGAUAGAAACGCUGAGCGUUAAGAGAACAAGGACCCUGCUGGACGGGAGUCAGAACACGAUGAAGUCCGCCGCUCUCCUCCUCCUCCUGGCUUGCAGCUGGUCUGAAAUCUAUGGCCAGUUAAGGCGACCCCCUCCAACCACCGCAGGCAUCUCAGGGACCUUCCCCACAGGCUUCCCCACAGGCAAUGUGACCCUUCCCCCCAAGCUGAGGGCGGAGUUCCGGUGUCCCAUGGAGUGCCCGGUCUGUCAGACCCUCAACAACACGCUUACUAAGCCCUGCCUAGCGGUGGACGAGUUUGGGGACAUUAAGUCGGACUUUGAGAACACUCUCACCCUCAAACAAAAAGCUUUCUACAAGGAACUCUCUGACCUGAAUUCAUUCAAAGCUAACAUGGAGUCGCGCACCUGCGCUGGCAUGGUGCGACACAUCGACACAUACGGGAGCAUGGAGCUGGCUGACAGACAGAAGAUGAAGUCCUUCCUGGGAGACCCCAGCUCUGUCACCCCUGACGACGUCAAGAAAUUCCCCAAAGAAAUUUUCUCUUCUCUCAAUGCAGUAAAAAGUGUCACCGUGUUUCAAAACAUGAACAGACUUCAGAAAGUAGUCCUGUGCAAGGAUCUGAGGUACGCCGACUGCUUGACCCGAAUGAUGAUCUCCAAGAAAAUCAACUGCGCACGCGUACUAAUUGAGAGCGGUGUGACCAUUCCGGCUGAUGACGCCAAAGUCAUGGUGGACAUCAGAGGUUGUCGAACCUGGUCCCGCGAAAAAUGGAAUAUAACGCUAGAAAAUUUCCCAGAAAUCCUGAACCCCGAGUGUCUGUGGGCCGCCCCUACCGAUAUUUUGCUGGACAACAUGGCUGUAUUGGGCAGAAAAUGCGGAGACUUCACCAAGCGAGACAUCGAGGUGUUCGCCAACAUAACAAGUGUAAAGAUGAAGGAGAAGAAGCUUGCCAAUAGAAUCGACCCAACAGAAAAGGACGAGUGGAUCAAACUUCUUUCCACUUGCGGCGCGGACCCCAAAUUUUUCAAUGAUGUUCUUGAUCCAAAAGAAACACUGAAAUUUGUUGAUCUCAGCAAGUCAUCAAGAACAGAAAAGGUAAAGUUUCUGGAGGAUGCUCUCAAAACCGUGAGGCCGUCCGAAUUCUCAAAGGACGAGAUCGUCAAUGCUAUUGGGGCCCUGGCUAAUGACAGGAAGAUUCUGCGUCAAAUGAACGCUUCAGCCAUCGAGGCCGCCGCUUGUGACGUUUGCAGCAAGUCGUCAAGCAUCGAGAAGUCAGAUAUGAGAAAAUUUGCAGAGGUUGUAAUGGAACAGCCAUCGUUCAGGAAUGUGUCUGCCUUUGACACCACCACAUUCGCAUGCAUGGGAUGUAUGAUGUCCUACAUGAAGAAAAGCUCCUUUGAGAACAUCCCCGACGCCUCAUUGCAGUCAGCCAUUACUGCUGGAAAUGUAAAAGACAUGAAGAUUUCAUCGAAAAGAAUGGGAAAGAAAGUGUUAGACAAUGCCAAGUCAGCGUUUGGGAAACCUAACGGUGACUUUUCUGACGCCGAGCUGAGGAAGAUGAAGGGAGCGUUGGGUUCCCUGGAGCCGGAGGACAUCGACAAAAUCCCGGACGCCUCCUUCACCCUGGACGUCCUCAAGGACUUUGAGGAGGCCUUCUCCUCGGAGGACAACCCCAAGAAGUCCCUCAAGAGUAAAAUCGUCGACAAAGUAAAGAAACAGGCGGGUGGUAUCGCCAAGUUGAUUGAGAACGGCCUGGGUAAGGAGCUGUCCCCCGCGGAUCUAGAGGACGCCCCCCUGUCCAGCUUCCCCGACCUGACGGGAGAGAAUGGAGAGAGCACUAUCAAGUGUAACCGAAAACAGGCCCGUGUUUUGAUGAAGAAAAUCAAGAGCACGCUAGGGGACAUUAACGGCACGGACUCCAACUUCACCCUGAAGAGACUGGUCAACAUGAAGCCCCUGCUGAGUGGCCUGGAAGACUCUGAUAUCAAGAAGAUCGAGCAGGACGGAACCUUCUCCGACAAACUCCACACCAUCGCCAAGGCUCCCGACAUGUCCCGUGAACAGCUGAAGACCCUGGCUGAUAUGUUCAAGUCCUACUCCAAGAUAGAGUCCACGGACGAGGCGUCCUUCUCCGCCUCCAUGGACAGUACGACAGUGGACAACAUGGCGCCGCAGAUCCUCGGGAUGAUGAGCAAAGCCAUGCUGAAAAAAUUCGGAACUGCUAACUGUGAAGCUGUGGUGCAGCGCUUGGCGGAGGUUGAUAACAAAAAACUUACUAGGGACGAAUUAAAAGAGAAAUUCGAGUUCGUCAAGGAGUGCAAGAGUAAAACUUCCGGUACGUUGACCUCUGAUGACCUUUUGGAAGCCGGAAAUGUAUUGUGUGGAAUAGACUCGGCCGCACCGGACAGAAUGGAUGCCGAUGCUUUUGAGAAAAUGGCGCCAAAUCUCCAGAAGUGUAAUCUUGACCCUACCACAAGAAAGAAGAUUGCUUCUAACAUUGUCAGCAAGAUGUCGCUGACAGACACGAGCACAAUCACUUCCUCCGGCUUCAUGGUCCUCGGUAACUUUUUGACGGAGCUCGGUGACAGUCAGCUAGCGUCCAUGGAUAAGGAAACGGUGAGCGAUGUAACAGACAAAAUAAUGGAAUCCGUCAAAGACAGUGAGGAGACGAGGAAGGAGAGGAAGAAGUCCGCCGUGUCUAAAGAGGCCGAGUCCUCAGAGGAGGAGACCUUCAAACAAGGAAAGAAACGAUUGGCUGAGUUUGUCAUUGGCGUUAAAGAGAGUCUGGGAGGGCAGCAGGCGUCCGGCCGACGACGAAGAUCUACAUCUUCCUUGACCUGCACUGAUAUGACGUCAAUAGGAGCUUCCGGUCUGUCCGCUCUGACCACCACACAGAUCAGCAACAUACAGGAUCAGGAUUUCCUGGACUGCGCUGAGCUGUUGGGGUCCGUCACAGACUGGACUGUUGCCCAGAAAGAGGCUCUGGUGGCGGUCGCCAAGAGAUCCACGGUUUGGAACACGCCCUCCACUUGGGCCACGUCCAGCGUAUACUCGGCUGGGUCUUUCGUCGCUGGCCUGACCACCUCUGAAAUCAACACCUUAGCCAUAAAUCUGGACGCUGUGUCCCGCAUGGGAACGUUCAGUGAUUGGACUGACAGCAAGAAACAAGCGGUAUUCGAUAGAUGGCUAUCAUACGAAAAGUCUUCAAAUGCCGCAACAAUCACCUCCAGUGAACUGCGCUCUCUUGGUCACCUGACCUGUGGGGCUAGUACCAGUCACAUUGCCAGCAUACAGUCUACUGUUUACAGAGCAUCAGCUGAUACGGUUGGUGAAGUUACCACUUGUUCCGAAUUCCAGCUGCAACAGUGGGUCGCACAUGCAAAAACCGAAUACGGAAGUGACGUCACUCUUUGGGACAGCGCCACUAUUACCAGUGUUGGAAUCGUUAUCGGUGGUCUGACGUCAACAGAAGUCUCCACGCUGACAGAGUCCCAGAUUGACAGCAUCGCCGCCUCCGACAUAUCAUACAUUCCACCAACGGCUUUUGCAGGAUUUACCACUGCCCAGAUCAACACCUUUGACCCUGCCCAGGCCCAGGCCUCCACUACCUCCCAGCGGGCCGCCCUGAGCGCUGAUCAGCUAUCGGCUCUGUCCUCUGUAGCUGGAGUCAGCUACAGCAACACCGCCGCCGGAAUCCAGGGGUCCGUAUUGUUUGCCGUCCUGUUGUCGGCCCUGGCCCACUUCCUGCGCUCCUUGUAGACCGUCCAAGGUGUAACUACUCUCUUUCCUAUCAACGAAUGUGACCGCUGUCCAAAAGUGAUUGUUGUUUUCAUGUGACUGUUAUCUCAAGUGUCUUUUCAAUGUGACUAUGUCAUCUCAAUGUAACUAUGUCUCAAACGAGUUUAUCUUUAUAAAUAUACUGUUUACAGUUAACCUUUUGUAGAAGGCUAGGUACUUCUCUGUUACGUAUGCUUUAUAAGUAACGCUAUUUCUGCUUAUAUCUUGAUUAAAACAAUUUGUUAAAGAG